AUGUAUUCACGACAACAUCUGGACAGCCCUCCUCCUCAGUCGCAAUUUCGACGGCCUUGGUCCCCAGAUCCUUAUGACCCUUAUCCAUUUGUAAACAACAGCAGCAGGGAUGUCAACCAGGACCAGUAUUUCUCCCAAGAAAAUAAUAUUCACGAUUUGCACCAGGACUAUUCACGACAUCCAAUUCAGCCUUCACAACUUCGCCAACAGCUCCGGGAACCGUCUGAUGCGUCUGUCGAAGCCUUGGAUCUGGCUGACUAUGCCAGAACCCUCAGGCCUCACGGGAAUUGGCAACCGGAACCAGAGAAUGAUAUUUUGGACUCGCUGCAUCCCCCGUCUCUCCUAUCCAGAAGCGGAACCCUUUCUUCGUCUUCUCAUCCUUCCGUUCGUUCCCCAGCACAUAGACCCUUCUCGCUGCCUCCUUCUUCCUCCUCCAGACAACCUCUUUACCCUCGAAAUCAUCCUCGUACUUCCUAUCGCUCCCACAAUUAUCCUUACCUCACAACAGACGAACCCGAUAUCGUCACUUCUCCUGCCCAUUCGGAGGUUGAUAUUUCCCAGUUUCCUCCAUGGUCACGGAGGUGGUAUAACCCUGAUCAUAGUCACAUGCCAUUGUCUCCGCCAGAUAUCUACUCGCCUCUCCCUACCUCGACGUUCGACCCCAAACGUAAAUCAGGUGAUGUUUUCGAUCCAGAUCAUACUCUGAAGCGAGGGAGUUAUUCAAAGCCGUUCGACUCUGAUCCUCAAUUCUCGUCUUCGUAUGGCAACGAUUCCUCUCGAGAUCUCCUUCCAUGGAGUUCAGAUCCACCCGAAUACGGUCCUACCAUCAAUGAUUCACUUAAAGCAGAGCGAAUUCGCAUGCUCGAAAGGGAGUUCGGCCCCAAUGCCAAAUCGAACAAGUCUAAUUCCAGGAACGACGACUUCCUCGACGACAACGGGAAACCUCUCGUAGGCACGGUGGAUAGCAAAGGUAAUCUAGUAACUCAAGGUCCAAAUAAACGGAUAGCGACUCGAGUUUUGCAGAUCGUGUAUGCUGCGGCUGCAGGAAUACCGUCAAUAUAUGCCGCUAUACUCAUUAAACCAAAUCCAGCCGCACCACCCUCUGGUUCCAUUGCUGCUUACGUGCUGUACAUCUUCUCCGUCAUCACACUUCUAACCCUCCUCUUCCUUUUCAUGAUCUAUCCUUGCUGCAUCCGACGCAAAAAGGGACAUAGUGUACCCGGAGAUCGAGCUAAUCCGCUUGCCAACGGAAUGAUGGUCUUACCCGUCCAGAGUCUUCCUGGUGGCAAAAACCACAAGAAAGCCAAAGGCAAAAAGGGUCGGAAAGGGCAAGGGGAAAAUACAGGAGAUGUUCAAGUCAACCUGAUCGUUGAUCCGAAUAUGUUCGGUGGAAACAGGGAUGAUGAUGAGGAGGAUGAGGGAGAUGAAGAAGACGAGAAUGGUCUUGGUGGUGGUGGCGGCGGUACUUGGGAUUGGGAAGGAUCUUCUGUACCAGGAGGGUGGAGUCACUCCUUGCACGGCGGCCACGCAGCAAGGAAGAAGAAGAAACACAGACGAGCGAAGAGGCGAAGCGUGUUCGUUGGUCUAGCGAUGGAGGAGGAAUGGAAGAAGGCGAGGAGUUUCGCAAAGAAGAUCAUGGCGUUUGACAUAUUCGGCGUUGUUCUUUGGGGUACGGUGUUUGUAGUGAUCAUGAUGGGCAAGAGAUGUCCAAUAGGCCGAUACGAUGGAUGGUGUAAUGCAUACAACGUCUCUUCGGCGGCAGCUUGUUUGCUCUGCUUCUUAUUCGGCCUCAGCGUGUUUUUUGAUAUCAAGGAUCUACAUACGAGCAAUGUAUCACCACGGACCCGAAUGUAG